AUGUUCAUCUGAGGUGCGAAUGAAGGCAUCCCGAUUGUUCUCUUUCUCCUCUUUUGACCAAAUUUCUCCAGCACACGGAGAGAUAGACCACUUGACGGAAACUCCUGCCAUUUAAUAUUAUAGUUUUAUAAUAUAUCACGUUUUGGUAUGCUUUUUCCACGAAACAGAUGGAGACCUGCUCCUCAUUAUAUAUUGAUUGACAACUAGCCACACAUAUAUAUAUUGACGUGCCACUAGAGCAUUGCUGGACAAGCUGCAGCAACAAACACAAACGGUAAUUUGAUGAACUCCACAGAGGCAAGCAAUCCAUAAUCCUGCAUCCAUGUCCAGGCUUCAGCAUCUUCUCGAACUGAUGUGUUCAGUACUAAUCUUUGCUCAGCUGAUAAGUGGGAACAACGAUGACAUGGAGGUCCUCAUCGAGCUCAAGGGCUUCCUGCAAGUACAUAACCAAAUAAACCGAGGUGCGUAUGAUGGAUGGUUGGAGUCAGAGGCCUCGCCAUGCAACUGGCAAGGAGUUGGAUGUGACACCAACGGCCGUGUGAGUUCCCUUGAUCUCUCUAGCUCCAGCAUAUCAGGACCGUUCUUCAGCAAUUUUUCUAGUCUCAAAAGCCUCAUUCAUCUAGAUCUCUCAGACAAUUCCAUCACUGGUGCACUGCCAGUUGAUCUCAACAGAUGCUUGGGACUGAAGCAUCUUAACCUCUCGUACAACCUCAUCGGUGGAGUCCUUAACAUAUCCAGCCUGACAAACCUGAGAACAUUAGAUGUCUCACGGAAUCGGUUCGAGGGGGAAAUCAGCAGGAACUUCCUUGCAACCUGUGACGAACUCACCAUCCUCAACGUCUCCAGCAACAACCUCAGAGGCAACAUCAUUGGCUUGCUUGAUAACUGUUUUCAACUUGAAUAUGUGGAUCUCAGCUUGAAUCGCUUCACUGGCCAGGUCACACAGGGCAUUGCAAGCCUAAUUCAGUUCAAUGCUGCUGAGAAUGGCUUAACUGGAAGCAUUCCUCUCGACAUGUUCCCAGUGGGAUGCAAACUACAGUUUCUGGACCUCUCCGGCAACCAUUUGUUUGGCAACUUGCCUAAUUCCGUGUCAACUUGCUCCAGUUUGAGAUACCUGUCGCUAUCGGAGAACGGUUUCGAUGGGCAGAUACCACCAGGAAUUGGAGUAAUUCCUGGGCUUGAGAAACUGAUCCUAGGGAGCAACAACUUUGCUCGUGAGAUGCCAUUUAGCCUAAUGAAUUGUAGUGCACUGAAGUAUUUGGACAUUAGUGACAACGGUUUUGGUGGGGAGGUGCAAGGAUUCUUCGGGAAGUUAGAAAGUUUGACACAUCUCAUACUUCACUCAAACAAUUAUACUGAUGGAAUUGUGUCCUCUGGCAUUCUUAGGCUACCUAAGCUGAUCAUGCUUGAUCUCAGCCUCAAUCGGUUCUUCGGAAAGCUACCCACGGAGGUCGCAAGCAUGAAAAGCAUUAAAUACCUUGUGCUUGCUGAGAAUAACUUCUCUGGGCAGAUACCCCUGGUGUAUGGACAGAUUGCCCACCUCCAAGUAUUGGACCUAUCAUACAACAACCUCUCUGGUGGUAUCCCUGCAGACAUCGGUAACCUCUCCUCACUUCUUGUGUUGGUGCUUGCUGGAAACCAACUUUCUGGAGAGAUCCCAAAGGAAAUAGGGAAUUGUACCAGCUUGCUCUGGCUCAACCUUGCGGCAAACAAGCUAUCUGGUCAGAUUCCCCCAGAGAUAGCAGGUGUUGGGAGAGACCCUAGUCCAACAUUUGCUAGGAAUCAAAAGGAUGCUGCACAAUUGGAGAUUGGCACCAGGAAGUGUCUCUCUGUGAUGCGGUGGAUUCCCCUUGGUUACCCAGGGUUCAAUUAUGUAGAAUCAGAGAUGUCUUGGAAGGACUGUCGGAGCCUAGAGGACCGAAUCUUGAAGGGGUAUGGUAUUGUUACACCACCUUCUGUCCAGCCAUGUAUCAUCUUGGGUUAUGUUAGGUUCUCAGGGAAUCUGUUGUCAGGACAAAUACCACCCAUAAUUUCUGCAAUGGGAAACUUCAACUUGCUCCUUCUUGAUGAUAACUUGCUCUCUGGUGUCCUACCAUCAGAGAUUAGUCAAAUGUCACUUGUUGCGCUUAACGUCUCUAGGAACAUAAUUUCUGGUGACAUUCCAUCCGAGAUUGGCCAGAUGGUACUCCUUGAGACCCUUGACUUGUCUUUUAACAACUUCUCUAAUGAACUUCCAUCAAGUCUGAGCCAGCUCUAUAAACUGAGUAAGUUCAAUGUUUCAUACAAUCCGCUUCUCUCUGGCAAUGUUCCAUCUACUGGCCAACUCUCCACCUUUGACAAGCAAUCAUUUCUUGGAAACCCUCUCCUGUCUUUCCAUUUCACUGACCAUGGGCCCCGUUUGGAAUCAAACAAUGAUGAGCUCUCAACAGAAGGUACAGAAAAGGAUCCUGCUAAAGAAGAGACAAUUGUGCUCAUAAUUUCAUUUAUUGUUUUUUUCUUUGCCACAAUUGCUAUAAGAGAACAUGACAGUUUCAUGUAUGUGUACUAUACCAUGAAAUGCAGAUGUGCAAGUACGAAGAUUUAUGCAGAAUUGUAACCCUUGAGCUUUGUAACGUUCAGUUAACAAACUAGAAGGAUAGUGUCUCUGGCAAUGUGGUUCAUAUAUUGAUGUGUUACAUAUCCGGCCACAUAGCAUUACAGAACUUUAAAUUAUGUUCAUCUCAUUUCUGUUCCAGGGGAUUCACUGUAAUUGGAAAAACAGAACUAUAUAGAACUAUUCAAAGGCUAUACCAUGACAUCUCAAAAACUAGCCUGUAAUUAUUGUCAUGGUAAGCUUGACGUUUUGGAGCAUUGAAAAGAAAACGGGAGUUUAUUUGGUAUGUUUGUAACAUGUAUCUUUCCAUUAAAAAUCAGAAUUGGGUGAUACCAAUGUGCUAACCGGCUUGUCGA